GGAGCGUAGCUGCCUAUCGCCGUCACAUUGCGUUCCCGAGUACGUCCUUCAGCUUUGCCGAAGUUGGAGAGUUCUUUGGUGGUGGUCGGUGCCCGAAGGGAGCCCCGAGGGAUCGCGUCUCCGCCAGCCAGUAAUCGUCGCCGUCGUUCCUCGAAGACGACACGGGGGACGCUCUUUGCGCUCGAUCGAGAAUCGAUCGGGAUCGAGCGGGCUCGCAGGAAGCGCGGGGCGCCUCUUUCGACUCGCCCGACUCGAGGAACGCUCUCUACGUCGUCGAUCGUCAGCGUUGUCAGCGGGACCAAACGUCGUUCGGGGUCGUUUGAGGGCGAUUCUCUUCCCAGCGAUAGCGUCCUUCGCUAUCGCACCAACGCAGUCCGCGAGGCGCGCGAACGUCUUCUUCCCGGCGGAGAACGCACGGAUCCUGCGGCCGGAUUGCUCAGGAUUGCGCGGUUAAUAUGGGCGUCAACGUCGUCCCGCUGGUCGUGAUAGCGAUGGUACCGAUAAUCACCGGCAGUUUCGGGCAACGCGCCAUCGGCAAGAGAAGCGCGGCCAACGGCAUCGCCAACGUCGAUUAUCCCGAUUAUUCGACCAAAUACGAUGAUUAUCCGGUAGUGAUGCCGAAGAGAGCGGCUCUAUUGUUCGACCAACUGAUGGUAGCCCUACAGAAGGUCGUCGAUAAUCAGGGAAAAGGCACUGUUGGUGGGCCGCCCUUCGCCGCCGACCUGGAGACUGUUCCCGUGAUGGAGAAAGAUCAAGCGGUAGUGAAUUCGAUGGAUCUGCAGCGACGCGGCCAAGGCAAAAGUCAGGUUUAUUGGCGCUGCUAUUUCAACGCGGUGACGUGCUUCAGGAGGAAGUGAUAAUGACCCAGCUGUCGUCAGUCCUCCUCGAGCCCGUAGACCAAAGGAGUGCCGCCGCCGCCGCCGCCGCCGCCGCCGCCGCCGUCUCGCAUCAUUUCCUCGACUUAGCUACAACAACGCGACGAGAUUGUAAAACAGUGCUUUCCCGGCUGUCAGAGAAGGUGUCAAGAGAACAAGUGAAAAAAAAAAGAAAAUGUCACGAACGCGUACACAAUAGUACACACACACAUACACACACACACACACACAUAACUCACUCGCUACAUACACACACACAUAUAAAAAAAAUACACAUCUAUACAAACAUAACAGUCAUUUGCGCGGUUACUGUCGCACAUUUUGGAACGUCGGGUCAACGAUUUUCCUCCCUCAACCGUGCGCCCUGUGAAUACUUUUACUCGUUUGUCUUCUCGCGACUUCUAUCGUCGUCCUGUUUCUUCUCUAUUCACAAAUUACGCAAGUCGGGAAAGAAUCUCUCUCUCUCUCUCUCUCUCUCUCUCUCUCUCUCUCUCUCUCUCUCUCUCUCUCUCUCUCUCUCUCUCUCUUCGGCUUAUAAACAAAACACCUAUUUCAUUAAUAACGGCCGUCUUCGAGCAUAUCUCUCGUAACUGAAACGAACGAAAUGAUUUUUCAUAUUUCUCGUGUUAUAUUACGUUAUAUUACUUGAGCACCUACUGAAAAAGCUACGUCUAGGCGGCCACUGCGUAUGCAUGUGUAUGUACCGCACCCCUGUAACUACAUUUUAAGCACCCAGCGAGCAGCCCCCCUCUCUACCUACCAGAAUAAAGUAGUUCGAUAUAACAAAAAAAGAUCAGUAUUACCACAUUAAACAAUAAAAAAGAGAAAAGAAAAUAUAGAGUUACGAGAAAUAUAAAUUUAAGCAUAUCGAAAAUAAAUCCUUUCUUCGCCUGAUCGUUGUUACCCCCAACCCUUUGUGGCUCCUCCUGUAGGAUCUUACAGACUGAAAAUCGCAUCCACAACGCGCGUUGAUUCUUGACUAGCUGUGAUUUUCUUUUUCCAUUUCGAAAGUACGAGGACGGACUCGCACAACGGUGAAACGUCUCCGUGAUGUUUUUUGCUCGCGUCGCUGAAUGAAUUAUAUAUCACAUUUCUGCCGACGACGCUUCGGUGUGAAGCACGGAGGCGUUUCUAAGCGAGCGUUUCCGCCGAGAUAAAAUAAUCUACGCUCUUUCGUGCCGCAUAUCGCGAAAACGGGGUUCGCGAGACAGCGCGCCCCGUUCGAUCGCGAUAUGCCAAUUGCGACGUACCCAUAAUCAAGUUUAACGCGGUCGGCUGCGAUCCACUUUUCGAUUAUUAAGACAUCGUGAGCGUCUGGAAUUAACCGUGUCUAUACGCUCGCAAGUGAGCGGACGGAAAUGCGCGGAUACGUCGGGGCUCAGAGCGGCGACGGAGCCGCGCCAUUAGCGUGGCCGUCUGUGCGUUGGCUGGCUGUAACAAUAUGUCUACGUAUGCAAUGUCAUCGAUCGCAAUAUCGAGAAGACUCUCGUAUUCGCGUCUUGUUUCCGAGUCCGAAGAAGUCGUUUAAACGCGAGAUUCAGGCGUACGCGCGAUCGCGCGGAAAUGUCCCGCAGAAAUCGGAACGGACGUGAUAACUCUAAUGCAAAUUCUAGUCACGCUUCUUCCUUCCCUCUUUCUUUCUCUCUUUAUUUCUCUCCUCCUUCGUCUCUCAAGUUGAGUUAAACCGCAUUGUAACGAAAUAACUUACGACACAGUCCUCUUGACUCUUGCGAUCGUUCUAUCUGAAUAUUACUGAAUUCUCGUUCGCUGCUUGAUUGGUAACGCCUGGAAGUAUGUAGAGGUACGUUUGGACUACGUCAUGUACGUGCGCGACACCGAUAUAUGUUAUCGAUAGAAUUAUAUCAAUAUUAUUUUUAUUAUAUUAAAUGAAAUAUAUGUAUGUAUAUAUAUAUAUAUAUAGAGCUAUUUAGACACAGAGACUGUAACUCACUAACGUGAGAAUUCGCAACCGCUUCUCACCGAUCAUCUUCCUCCCUUGUCAAGGAGGAAAACGUGAAAUCAUUCCUGCUUACACGUGUAACACUGGCGAUUCUGUUCACAGAUCUGAAAACAUCGCGUAUACUCGGUG